CUUCCGGCGUACGUCGGGACGCGGACAACCCGGAAGUUGACGCAGCGCGGUGGUAUAUGGUCGCUCCCUGAGAGGAUGCCGCUCGUGGUGGUUUGCGGGCUGCCGUACAGCGGCAAGAGCCGGCGUGCUGAAGAGUUGCGCGCGGCCCUGGCGGCCGAGGGCCGCGGGGUGUACGUGGUGGACGACGCGGCUGUGCUGGGCGCAGAGGACCCAACCGUGUACAGCGAUUCUGCCCGUGAGAAGGCACUGCGUGGAGCUCUGCGAGCCUCCGUGGAGCGGCACCUGAGUCGUCACGACGUGGUUAUCCUGGACUCGCUUAACUACAUCAAAGGCUUCCGCUACGAGCUCUACUGCUUGGCGCGGGCAGCGCGCACCCCGCUGUGCCUGGUCUACUGCGUACGUCCCGGCGGCCCGAGCGCUGGACCUCAGGUGGCGGGCGCGAACGACAACCCGGGCCUGAACGUCAGUGUGAGUUGGCGGCCACGCGCUGAGAAGGACGGGGGACCCCUGGCGGCCGGCAGCAGUGUCCUCAGGGAACUGCAUACUGCGGGCUACGUAGUAAAUGGAAGUGCCCAGGCCGACCUACUUAAGGAACAGGAGCUAGAAGAAACCGGGGCUGCAGAGUCACCAGCUCUCGUGACUCCGGAAUCAGAGAAAUCUGCAAAGCAUGUGUCCAGUGCCUUUUACCCUCCCGAACUCCUGGAAGCCCUAACUCUGCGCUUUGAGGCUCCCGAUUCUCGGAAUCGCUGGGACCGGCCUUUAUUCACUUUGGUGGGCUUAGAGGAGCCGUUACCCUUGGCGGAGAUCCGCUCUGCCCUGUUUGAGAACCGGGCCCCACCACCCCAUCAGUCUACGCAGUCCCAGCCCCUCGCCUCCGGCAGCUUUCUGCACCAGUUGGACCAGGUCACUAGUCAAGUAUUGGCCGGACUGAUGGAAGCGCAGAAGAGCGCUGUCCCCGGGGACUUGCUCACGCUUCCUGGUACCACAGAGCACUUGCAGUUUACCCGGCCCUUUACCAUGGCAGAAUUGAGUCGCCUUCGUCGCCAGUUUAUUUCGUACACUAAAAUGCAUCCCAACAAUGAGAACUUGCCUCAACUGGCCAACAUGUUUCUUCAGUAUCUGAGCCAGAGCCUGCACUAACUAGAGGAGGUGGGGGGUGGGGAGGGGGAAGCCAUGGCUUCUUAUCUGCACUGCACAUUAUUUUUCUGGCGAGAAUAAGCUGAAGGUCUCCAGAACAUAUAAAUGCAAUACUGUACUAGAGCUGUUGUGACUGAUUCACUCAAACUUUCCUGCCUGUCUCUGUGUCAGGCCUUGGGUUUACAGCAUAAGUUGAGACUAAAGAGAAUGGAGAACUAUCGUGGCGCAUCCUGGGAAAUCCCUCCAGAGAACAGACCUCAUGAGGAUACGAAUUGCUUAGAUUGGAUCCUACUUGGGAUAUUACAGAGCAUUGACCAUUGACUUUCCUCAUCUGAGGUGCGGCAGAACAGACUGGAUGGAUGAGAAUUGUUUUAAACAAUUGUGAACAGAAACCGAAGAUGGCACAGUUCUACAUCUGUACCUGCCCUUUUUUCAUGCCACCAAAGUAUUUUUUGAGUACUGUACUGACUUUUUGCUAGUCUUUAUUCUGGGACUGAGUUCACAGAUAAAUCCAUUGGUUUCCGUGCUUGGGAAGCUUUGUUUUUGUGGAAGUAGGACAGUUAUCUCCUAGAUUAUUUCCUCUAAUAAAAUCUUUUAAAAUAG